AUACAAGUUCCUCCCUACUUGUUUUUCAACUUUUUCUUUCAAAAACGCCGAUUUUUAGUUCGUAUCGGAUCUGUAAAAUGUGAUAAACUUUAAAAAUUACCGUGUCGUAUAAGCGUACUAUUUUAAACUUAAGUUUUAUAUACACAAUCUAUCUUUGGACAUAAGAUUAACCGUUAAAACUGAAUUUCGUAAUUUUUGUGAGUGAACAAGUUAUAAAGUGAUUUUAAAGAAGAAAAUUGGAUGUUUUUGGAGUAUUAACAAGGACUAUAGUUUUGCCCUUGAUAAGGGCAACAAUAUGAACCGGGCGGAUAUUCAGCGGCAGUGCAACAGCGUACCAACAUGACGCAGCGUGAAGACGCUCUCAAGUUCGAGCAGGGCCGCAUAAAAGCCCUGCAGGAGGAGAGAUUGCAUAUACAGAAAAAGACAUUUACGAAAUGGAUCAACUCGUUCUUACAAAAGGCUCGCAUGGAAGUGGAGGAUCUGUUCAUAGAUCUGGCAGAUGGGCGACGGCUGCUCAAACUACUCGAGAUUAUCAGCGGCGAACGGCUGCCCAGACCCAACUCGGGCCGGAUGCGAGUUCACAAGAUUGAAAAUGUCAAUAAAUCGCUUAGCUUUCUGCAUACCAAGGUUCGCUUGGAGUCUAUCGGAGCUGAGGAUAUAGUAGAUGGGAAUCCACGUCUCAUCCUUGGUCUGAUAUGGACCAUCAUUCUACGCUUCCAGAUUCAGGAGAUUGAAAUUGACGUUGACGAAGAAAAUGAAUCGUCAGAGAAGAAGUCAGCCAAGGAUGCGUUGCUGCUCUGGUGUCAAAGAAAAACGAGCGGCUAUCAUGGAGUACACAUACACAACUUCACCGACUCCUGGCGCUCGGGGCUUGGUUUCAAUGCCCUUAUACAUGCUCACAGACCGGACCUAUUCCGCUGGACGGAAGUACCGACCAACGACCACGUGGAGACGCUAAACCACGCGUUCGAUGUCGCGCACAAUAAUUUAGGAAUUCCGAAGUUGCUUGACGCUGAAGACGUGGACACAACUCGGCCUGACGAAAAGUCAGUAAUGACGUACGUAGCGAGCUACUACCACACAUUCGCCAGAAUGAAGAACGAACAGAAGAGUGGAAGAAGAAUUGCUAACAUUAUCGGUCAACUGAUGGACUGCGACGCUCGAAAGGCUGAAUAUUGUCGGCUUCUAACAGCGCUGCUGGAGUGGAUUCGGUUGAAGAUAACAGAAUUGAACUGUCGAGAUUUCCCCAACGCAUUGGAUGGCAUUCAGAGGCUCUUAUUGGCCUUCAAACAGUACAGAACAGUUGAAAAACCACCUAAAUAUAAAGAACGAUCAGAGAUCGAAGCCUUGUACUUCAGCAUCAAUACAAUGCUCAAGAGCUUGGUGGGAGAAGGCUGGGCACCUGCUGAUGGCCAACUGCCACAAGACUUGGAAAGGGCGUGGCAGCAGCUGGAACAGGCGGAACACGCCCGCGAACUCGCUUUGCGAACAGAAUUGCUUCGUCAGCAAAGAUUGGAGCAACUCAACUAUAAAUUCAAUACAAAAUCCGUUCUCCGUAAAGGUUACCUUAAGGAGAUGAUCCAAGUACUAUCAGACCCUCGUUACGGCUCCAACUUGUCACAGGUCGAUGCAACUGUUAAGAAACAUGAAGCGAUAUCCGCUGAUAUUCUAGCAAGAACCGAACGUUUCGAAGACCUAUCAGCGAUGGCAGCGGAACUGGUCCGUGAGAGCUAUCACGGAGCAGAAGCCGUUUCACGCACGGAGCAGGCCGUGUUGACAAGAUGGCGGGAACUGCUUGAACUGCUGGAACGACACAGGGCAUCGCUCGCAAAGCUGGCUCAUUUGAUGGCCUUAUUGAGAGAGGCGGACGCCGUCGCCCAUACAUUGGCCGAGAUGAAGGCUCAAUUCGAUUCGGAAGAAGUAGGACGACACUUGGUAGACGUAGAACGUCUGCUUCAAGCGCAUGCACUUCAAGAGUUGCAGCUUGGUGCAUUGGACGAGAGUAUUCAACGUCUGGUGAGACAAGGCAGUUCCGUCGAGGGUCUACCGCAAACACAGCAAUUGCAGCAUCAACUCGAAACCCUAUCAAAUGAAUAUCAGAGUUUGGUGGCAGCAGCUAAAGACCGAAAGGCGAGAUUAGAAGAUGCAAGAAACCUGUACCAGUUCCUCGAAGAUCAUGAUGAGGAAGAAGGCUGGGUGACAGAGAAACAGCGAAUCUGCCGUGCUGAAGUUGCUGCUAAAGAACUACGUGGAGUGUUAGCGUUGAGACAGAAGCACACGGCGCUGAUGCACGAAGUCCGCGCAAGAGAUUUAGUGGCACAGCGGCAUAGGGCCAAGGGGCAGAGUUUGAUCGACGCGAAGCAUCCAAAGAGAGCGGAAAUAGAAAGAAGACUUGCAGCUCUCAGCGAACAGUGGGAGAUAUUGCGUCAACUCGCCAACGACAGGGAUAAGAAAUUAGCUGAUGCGGCAGAAGCUCACCAGUUCUAUGGAGACGCAAAUGAAGCCGAAUCGUGGAUGAAAGAAAAACGUGCUCUCGUUGCAAGCGACGACUGUGGGGUCGACGCUCCCGGCGCUGCAGCGCUUUUGGCCCGACAGAAGAUUGUCCACGACGAACUUAGGGCGUAUCGUGAAGAGCUUGAAACGCUUAGGGCGUCGGCUGAUAGGCUGAAGGCUGCGGGAAUACAUACAUUACAGCUCCCAACAGAAGUAGAAUCCAGCGGUGCAGCGGAGAGUGAAGAGGAGUGGGGAAGUGAGACAAGGCUUGUACCCACUGAAGUAUGGGAGGAAGAGCCGGUCGAAAGACUGGAACACAGAACUGUCACUGAGGAGAGGAGUGUACCACAGGUGAAAGCACUGUACGCCUUCACGGGUCAAGGUAUAUCCAUGGCGAAAGGCGAGGUGAUGUUCCUAAUGAACAAAACAAACCCCGACUGGUGGUCUGUACGUAAAGCGGACCGUACGGACGGGUUCGUGCCCGCUAACUACGUGCGCGAGAUCGAACCUAGACUUGUACCGGUCCAGGUCCGCCGCCCAGAGAAAGUACGCACAGUCCAACGGGUGAAGAAGACUGUUCUAGUGAAGCAAGUUGUGCCUGUAAGACGGAACGUACCAGCCAGAAGACGUGGAACAGUCCAUCAAGCACCACCUGUCCCGCCCGUGGGUGAACGCAUGAACCGUAUAGACGCCCACUAUGCGGAAUUACUCCAACUCUCGGAGGCCAGACGUGCCCAACUAGAAGACGCCAUCAAGCUAUACAGCUUCUUCGCGGAAUGUGACGACUUCGACAAAUGGAUGAAGGAGAAAGAGAAGAUGCUGAGAACUGAUGACAAGGAUGACAGCGUUGAGAACGCUAAGAGGAAGUAUGAGAAAUUCGUAACCGACCUUUCGGCGGCUUCAAAGCGUCUUGAACGCAUCGACGCUGCAGCUGAAGAGCUGGUGGCGGCGAAGCACAGCCAGGCGGCGAAGGCCACGGCCAGAAAACAGCAGUUGAGGCAGCAGUGGGAGAGACUGCUGCGGCUCAAGCAGCAGAAAGAGAAGAGCUUGGAGGGGGCUUCUAGUGUGGAACUCUUCAAUCGAACUUGCGAUGAAGCCUUGGACUGGAUGUGUGAGAAGGAGCAACAGCUGGAGAUAGCGUCGGCUCCAGCCGCAGAUCUCAGAACAGUGCAGGCCUUGCAGCGGAGACACGCGCAGUUGGAGAGGGAGUUGGAACCGCUGAGGGAGAAAGUCCAUACUGUCACUUUGCUGGCUGAUUCGGUAAAGUCUCAAUACCCAACGGAGCGUACAAACGUAGAAGGUCGUCAGAAAGAGAUUGAGAGCAUGUGGGUGAGAUGUCAUGCGCAAGCGGCGGAGAGGCGAAGCCGUUUGGAAAGUGCUGUUGGACAUCAAAUAUUUGGCAACAGCAGUGCUCAAUUGCAGGAUUGGGUCCAGAAAGUCCGCGAACAAGUGGCCUCCGAUGUAACAGCUAAAGAUGUGGCAACUGCAGAGGCCCUUGUGAAACACCACCAGGAAUUACAAGACGAUAUCAAAGCACACGAUGACGAGUUCAAAGAAGUUAUUGGCCUCGGAAAGCAGUUGUUGGGGAACAACCCUUCAUUGACUGACGUCAGGGACAGGAUCCAACAGUUGGAAGACGAGCAGAAGGCUGUACAUGGAGAAUGGCAAGAGAAAGAUCAGUAUUUGAAGCAGCUAUUACAACUGCAGAGUUUCAAUCGUGAGGCAGAUCAAAUUGACGCCUCCAGCGGUGCGCAUGAAGCCUUCUUGGACUACCAGGAGUAUGGGUCAUCAGUAGACGAAGCUGAGACGUUAGUAAAACGUCAAGAAGAGGCGGAGUCUCGUUUGGCCGCUCAAGACGAACGAGUGAGUGCGUUCGCGCAACGAGCCACUGCGCUUGCAACCCAGAAGCCGGAACAUUACGCGACUGAACAUAUACUAGCCCGUCGAGCAGCUGUGCUCCAGCGUAGGGAGAAAGUUCGUCACGCCCUAGCAGAGAGGAGACGGGCGCUUUUAGCUAACUUGGCCCAUCAACAGUUUGUAGCUUCUACCGAAGAACUGCAAGCAUGGAUACAAGACAAAACACAAACAGCGAACGAUCAGAGUUAUAGGGAGCUGGCGAAUCUGGAGCGGAAAUUACAGAAGCACGAAGCGUUUGAAAGAGAAUUGCAAGCCAAUGAAAAGCAACUGAGGAACGUUGAAAGUAUUGGUCAGUCUCUCCAAAAGUCCGACCCGAGUCGUGCUGCAAACAUCUCGGAACGCCUCGACCAGAUGCAAACGAGUUGGGAGCAGCUUGUUGCAGCUUCAAGGGACAAAGGCAGCAAAUUGCGACAGGCUUCGCAGCAGAGACAUCAUAGACGUGCCGUGGAAGACGCCAAGGCUCGUCUAGCUGAUUUAGAGAGAGAGUUGAAUAGCGAAGAAAUUGGCACGGAUCUGAGAAGCUGCAAGAGAUUGCUGAAUCAACAUCAGGCAUUGGAGCAAGAGCUGACUCAAAUGGAGCAAAGGGCCGAAGCCCUGUCAGUCCAAGGGGCGGACCUGGUCUCCGGCGGUCACUUUGACAGCGCUGCUAUUCAGAGGGAUUGUGCUGCGUUGCAAAACGCGUGUGCUGCUCUGAGACCUAGAGCCGUCGAGAGGAGGAGGGCCUUGGAGAGUAGUUUGCAGCUACACAAACUGGCUGCGGAGGUGACAGGCGAAAUAGCAUGGGUUGACGAGCGAAGGACUGCUGCAUCUUCCACAGCCCUGCCUCAGGAUCUACACGCUGCUCAAACAGCCCAAAAGAAGCAUGCGAAAUUGCGAGCAGAGUUGCAAGGACGGAAACCGUUGGUGCAACGAAUCCUAGAUAGGGGUGAACAAUUGCCGAAGAAUCCGCAGGCUGACAGGAUCAAACAACUUUGCAAAGAGCUCGAAAGCGCUUACUCGGAAAUAUCUCAAGCGGCUGAUGAACGCGCGGCUCGACUUGAAACAGCGCUUAAAGCGCAACAAUUCCUGCACGAUGCGCUAGAAGUGGACUCAUGGUUAGCGGACAAAGCCGCUGAGCUGGCUAGCGCUGAUGUCGGAAAUGACAGACAUCGUGCGACGCAAUUGCUGACCAGGCACAAGGCGGUAGAAUUAGAGCUGGACACCUAUGCGGCCAUCAUAUCGGAAAUGGGCCACGUGGCGGGAGCCCUGGCGGCAAGUGGAGGGCCGGAGGGCGAAGCGCUAGUGGAGAGACACGAACAACUGUCCGCCAGCCUUGCGAGGCUUCAGCGCAGAGCUGCUUUGAGACAGGCUGCGUUGGUUGAGAGUGUUUGCAGACAUGAGUACUUGGCGGAAAGCGCGGAAUUGGAGAGCUGGAUACAGGAGCAAUAUGGAGCUGCCUCCAGCGAAGACUAUGGGCAGGAUUACGAACAUCUAUUGGUACUUCGUUCGAAAUUCGAGGAAUUACGACACCGUGUGGAAAGUGGCGCGGAACGUUUCAGCCAAUGCGAGGAACUGGCGAAGAAAUUGCUCGCUUCCAACAGUCCAUAUAUUGGAGACAUAGAGGCUAGACAGGAAGCCCUUGGUGAAUCUUGGCAAAGUUUGGUGGAACAAAUUGAGUCCCGCGCACGUCGUCUGCACGCCGCGGGUGAGAUUCACCGAUUCCACAGAGAUGCAAGUGAAUUAUUGGCUAGAGCUGCCGAUCGCCGCGCCCAGCUGUCCGAGCCGGCCCCGCCCAGGGACCUUAGGGCGGCCGAAGCGUUGCUGAGGAACCACACCACUGCAGAAAACGAUUUGCUGGCCAUCGAUGCGCAGAUGCAGGUGUUACAAGAAGAAGGCUCUCGCCUCCAAAAGCUCUGCCCAGGUGGUAACGAGCAGCAAAUAGCAUUACGUCAGCGCGCGCUGUCAGAGGCCUGGAGUUCCCUUCGAGCAGCUGCAGAUGCUAGAAAGACGGUGCUUCAUCAUCAUCACCAAUUGCAACAGUUGCUGUCUGAGAUCCGUGACGUAAUGUCCUGGUCGAGCGAACUCCGCAGUCAAAUGUCAGCGAGUCUGGGCGCUCGUUCAGCGGCGGCUGCGCAGGCGCAACGUGCGCAUCACGACGCCCUGCGCGCUGAGAUUGACGCGCGAGACGACACCUUCAGGGAUGCUUUGGCCCACGGACAACAGCUUGUUGAUGAUGGACACCCUAAUGCACAGGAAAUAGAAGAACGCUGCAACGCGCUGGUAGACGAGCGUGGCAAACUCCACGCGGCGUGGGCAGCUCGUCAAGUUGCCUUGGACCAACUGAUAGACUGGCACUGCUUCCUGAGGGACGCUAAGCAGCUCCACGAUCUAUGCACUGCGCAGGAGGCGGCUUUGAGUACUGAAAUAUCUCCGACCCUCAGCGUAGAAGAGGUCGACAAUUUACUGAAAAAACACGAAGCCUUCGAGAAGCUUCUUGCAACUCAGGAUGAAAAACUGUCAACACUGAACUCCCACGGCGAUAAGUUAUUGCAACAAAACCAUGUCGAAAGCCAACGUAUUGCAGACGAACUGAGAGCUAUCAACGAACGAAGGAAAAAGUUAUACGCCAGUGCAGCGGAGCGUCGCGCACGUUUGUUACGCGCCCGUGCACGUGCUCAGUUCAGUCGCGACGCGAACGAAGCGCGAGGCUGGCUCGCUGACAAAUUAGCGAUGCUUAACGCCCAACAUGGUGAAGUAACGAGCCUAGAAGACAAGAUGAAGAAGCUCCAGAAGCACCAGGCGUUCACAGCGGAAUUGGCGGCAAAUCGCGCUCGUCUUCAGGAAGUGGAGGAGUUGGCGAAACAGCUGGGUCCCGAGAAGGAAGUAGUUCAAGAGUUGCAGCAGUUGAGGGAAGACUGGCGUCGAUUGGAGAAAGCUGCGGAGGAAACUGGGAGAGGAUUGGAGGAGGCGCAGGAUAUCCUGGAGUUCAACCAGCAUUUGGAGAAAAUUGAGGCCUGGAUAAGAGAUAAGGAAAUGAUGGUUCAAGCCAAUGAAGUCGGUCGUGAUUAUGAACACUGCAGCGCGUUGCUUCGUAAAUUGGACGACCUGGACAGUGAUAUGCAAGUUGAUGACAAGCACGUCAAAAACGUAUGCGCACUAGCCGAUAAAUUGCUGAAACAGGGUCCAUCUCAACAAGCAGAUGUUAUCAAAUCAAGACGGGACGCGUGCCUGUCAAAAUGGCAGGCGUUGAGUGGAGCCUUGCAGCGGUAUAGGGAUAGAUUAUCAGCCGCUCUUCAACUACAUUCCUUUAAUAGGGACGUAGAAGAUACGGCGGAGAGAAUAGCGAAGAAAGCCGCUUUAUUCAGCAGUAACGAACGUGGACGUGAAUUGCAAGCGGCUUACGAAUUGAAGAGAAGACAUCAAGCGAGAGCAGCUGAGGCUUCCGCUAUUGGUGAUAAGAUUGAAGCCCUUAGGGCGCAAGGCACAGCGCUUGCUAAGAGCCAUCCAGACCAGGCAUCCGAGAUAGAAGAAAGUCUAAGCGGUUUAGACGAAGCCUGGGACAGAGUAAAACAACUUGGAGCCAAACGAAGCGCCUUGCUUGACGAGGCCAUUGCGGAACACAAGUUUGAAGAUAGUCUCAAGGAAUUAGAGCUGUGGGUGUCAGAAACUGUGAAGCGGAUGUCUGGUGCUGAACCCGAGAGCGUCUCCCACGCUGAGGGUUUGCUGGAAAUGCACCACGAGAGAAAGGCUGAAAUCGAUGGACGUCAAAAAGUGAUCAGCUCCCUUCAGAAAGAGGCCGAUCAGGCGAACGAAUUGGAGAAGGUUAAACGAGUAGAGAAGCUUUCAUCGACACUGGACCAGGCCUGGCUGGAAAGGAAGAAUUACUUGACACAGGCACACGAGUUGCAGCUCCUCAACGAGCAAGCGAGACAGGUCGAAGAUUGGCUCGCUGCUAAGGAAGCAUUCCUGAACAAUGAUGACCUUGGAGAAAACUUAGAUGCGGUGGAAACACUGAUCCGGAAGCAUAUAGAAUUCGCAAAACUGCUGGAAUCUCAAAUCGGUCGAGUGGACGAACUGGAGAAGUUCGGUAGCAGUCUUUUGGCGAAGCAGCAUCAGGACUCGCCGUAUAUUGAGACCCGGAUCAAGGCUAUACGAGCAAGAGCUAAUAAACUUAGGGAAACGUGUGUCAUUCGUGGCAAGAAAUUGGAACAAUCGAAACAACUCCACCAAUUCCUACGGGAUCUGACCCACGAACGGGAAUGGAUUGAACUGAAGAUGCAGAUCGCGAAUGAUCACAAUUAUAGAGAAUUAUCGAAUCUUCAGUCAAAGAUGGAGAAACAAUCGGCGUUUGAGUCCGAAUUGGCUGCGAACAAACGACGCAUUGAUGACGUAGCUGCUGCAGGGGAGAAACUUAUUGAAGCAGAACACUACGCAUCACAGGAGAUUGCAAGGCACGUUGAAGACCUGGAAAAUCUUUGGAGAGAGUUACAGCACGCGGCGAAACUCCGACGUGAUAGAUUACAAGAGGCGUACCAAGCCAGGGUGUUCCUUCGUGGCCUGGACGACUUCAUCAUUUGGUUGGAUGACGUUGAGACGCAGUUACUGAGUGAGGAUCAUGGCAAAGACCUCUCAUCAGUCUGCGCUCUCCUCAAAAAGCACACGCGCCUGGAGCAAGGUGUGGCUAGUAAGGCAGAAGUUGCGACACAACUUGCGGACACCGCUACGCAUCUUGCUGACACAGGCCACUUUAUGUCAGAUGAGAUAUUGGAGAAGACCGAGCAGGCUGUCAAACGCUACCGUCAAUUGCAAGAGCCGAUGCAGAUUCGUCGGGACAAUCUUGAAGAUGCUGCGUUACUACAUCGAUGGGAAAGAGAUGCUGAUGAAGAAUUACACUGGUUAAAGGAACGCGAAAGCGCUGUGCGCUCAGAAGAAGCUGGAGCGACUCUACCAGAAGCUCAAGCGUUAUUGAAGAAACACUCGGCGUUGGAGGCUGAAAUUAUUGCGCGCGAGUCUACAAUCAAUGCAGUGUGCAGUCGUGCGUCAGCAUUAGCUCGGCGCGGACAUUUUGCGGGUAACGCUCUCGAAACGCGCUCGAGAGACCUUAAAAACGCCUUGAAAACGCUCCUCGAAGCAGCGGCGUUGCGUUCAGCCAGUCUGAAAGACAGGGUGCUGUCUUUACAGUUAUUGUCUGAAAUGUGGGAAACCGAAGCGUGGCUGGUGGAAAGAAAGACUGCGCUGUCCGGAGGAGAUACGGGAAGAGAUGAAGAGUCAGUCCUUGGACUUGUGAGAAGAUUGGAAGCUCAGCAGAGAGAGUUGACAGCCUUUCUACCCUCUGUGACGCGAUUGGAAAAGUCUGCCCAGGAACGUAUGAACGAAGACGACGUCGUAAAAAAGAAGAUGGAGGACGUGAAGGAGCUUUGCGAAGAGCUGAAACUUCUCUCCGCGAAACGUCAGCAGAGAUUACAACAGAGCCUUAAAUACUUCAAGUUCGUCCAGGAGUGCGAAGAAGUUCAGGAAUGGAUCAGUGAGCAGAUGACAGUUGCCGCUAGUGAAGAGUACGGUCUGGAUGUAGAGCAUGUGGACACCCUGCAGCAGGCCUUCGACAACUUCUUACAGCAGCUCCAUGCUAGUGAAGGUCGCAUAGAAGCUGUAUGCGAAGGGGGUACCGCUCUUCUAGAAGAGAACACGCCGGAAGCAGACAGAGUGAAACAGAAGAUUGAAGAUAUUCGUGGAUUGUGGGAUGAUCUUAAGGAGCUGGCUGUUGCCAGGCAAGAGGCGUUAGCUGGAGCUCGACAAGUCCACGAAUUCGACAGAUCAGCAGAGGAAACAUUGGCAUGGGUGGCUGAAAAAGAGGCUACUCUACAACUCCUCAAGCAAUUGCAUCAGCUGAAGGCUUUAAGGGCUGAUUUGAACGCCAUUAGAGAGAAGCACGCCCACCUCAAGAACGAAGCGGACAGGCUAGGAGCUGCCUUCCCAGACGCGAAGGAACACGUGCAGGCCAAACUGGAGGACGUGACAGAGGCCUUGGAGGCUUUAGAAGAGCGAGCUGCCCAUUGCGAACAGCAACUGCAACUCGCUGAUCAGCUGCAAGCUUACUUCGACACUUACCAGGAGCUUAUGGCGUGGACAAAUGAAACAAUGGCUCGGGUGACAGCACCAGAGUUGGGCAGCGACGUGGCGGCAGCAGAACGACUCGUCGCAAGACAUCGAGACAUCUCACCGGAAAUGGACGCUAAAGAUGACGCUUUUCACACCUUUUAUGCUGACGGUGAAAAACUUGUCAGCGAGGGCCACUUCUUAUCCUCCGAAGUGGAAGGCCGCAUGUCUGCCUUACGGGCGCGUCGUUCCGCACUGAGUGCCGCUUGGCAAGCAAGGGCAACGAUAUACGAACAGCACCUAGAUGCUCUCAUCUUCCUGAGGGAUGCUGAGGCACUGGAUCAAUGGAUAAGUGCCAGAGUGCCGCUGGUAAGAGACGGAAAGUAUGGAGACAGCGUGGCGCAGACUGAAGAAUUGAUCAACAGACACAGAGACCUAGAAGAGACCAUAGACGCGCAGAAGGAGAAGUUCAACGCACUAAAAAGAAUUACACUGAUUGAAAGUGCGUUCAAAGAGCAGAAGCAUGAGGAAGAACAGGCUCGCAAACGCCAAGCGGAGCAUCAAGAGGCCGAGAGACUGAGAUUAGUAAAGAGGAGAGAGAUGGAGAGAAUCGCAGAGGAGAGAAGGAGAGAGAGUGGCAGUCAGCAGAGUAGGCAGGAUGUGCAGAUGGAACGUCAACUCAGCAAUCAAGACAGUGUGGUGUCUUCUGAAGAGACCUUCUCGCCGGCACCGCAGUUCGACAGACUGCCGAAGAGCGACGCUUUGGUUAAGAGAGCAGAGAGUAUGAGUGUGGCUACGAAGACUCCAAAGCGAACUCCCUCGUUCACAACACGUAGACGAACACAAAGCUUUAGAAGACACAGACAGCCGGACGAACUACCGCCAGUCGAGAUUGAAGGCUACUUAGAACGCAAGCAAGAGGCGGGUGUGGGCGGUAAACGAGCGACAGUGCGCUCGUGGCGUUCGUACUACGGUGUGUUGUGCGGACAGUUGCUCUGUUUCUUCAGAGACCAAACUGACUUCGCCAGCAGUAAGGCGGCGGCGCCACCUGUAGCUAUACUUAACGCACGUUGUGAACCAGCCAGCGACUACACCAAACGGGCCCACGUGUUCCGCCUCUCGUGCACCGAUGGAGCCGAAUACCUCUUCGCCUGCACUCGUCACGAGCUGAUGAUGGAGUGGGUCGCGAAGAUCUCCUUCCACGCCGCGUUACCGCCACAGCUUCAGCUCACACCGUAUGAUCCUUCGUCUCCAGCUGACGAUGUCAGGAGACGGUUGAGAAACGCUUCAACGUCAUCGUCAGCGGCAUCAUCGCCAGACACACAACGCAAGGUGCGAACUCAAAGCGAGAUUUUGAAGGAACACCGCGCCGCGAACACGCCAGAGAGAAACAUAGAGUCGUCGGUAUUGCCAUCUUUGCCCCCGAGACAACCUCCACAGGAAGAUGAGAUCAUACUUAGAAAUUCCGAACACGUAAGCGGCUCCUGGGGACGAACGCGUUUUUCAAAUGGCCGCGAUAUUAAUGCUGAGUUCUUACGAACGCAGAGAGAAGCUGCCUCGGGACAAAUAGUUACAGAGCGACCGCCAGCGAUACCUGAACGGGCACCUGUCAUCCCCGAGAGGGGACCGAAUGUGCCCGACAGAUCACAAACUAAACAGAGACCAGAAAGAGUGUCCGUCGUAUCUGACAGGGCAUCCGUCAUGUCCGACAGAGGGUCCGUGGUGUCUGACAGGGGAUCUGUCAUGUCCGACAGGACGUCUGUCAGAUCGGACAGAGUCUCGAGUGACAGAGAAUUCGAUAAAAACUCGAAUGACAGGGACUCCGCGUCGGCGCGCAGUUCCAGCGAGAGAUUCGACAAAAACUCAAAUGAAAGAUACGAGAACUAUAGAUACACAGAGAGAUCGGAAGGUUCGACCGUCUCUCAAGGGGAUAAAUCCGUUACGGCCAUGGUCAACAGCUACCAGCAAAAGGUUAAUAAGAAUUGGCAAGAGAAAGAGAAGAAUCCCAGCUGGAAUAAUAAUUGGCAAGGUGUCGAAACCACCUCACACUUCUAUUCGGCGAGUGAGCUGGCGUACGGUGGUAAUAGCGGAAGUAACACUCGCCCUGCGUCCGUCGCCGGAAGUGGAGGCUCUCCAGCUUUAGACCAGAGGCCAGCAUCUAGAUCAUCAGGAGAAUCAGAAUUGUCUGUCGGAGGGACAAAGGAGAAGAAAGACAAGAAAGGCGUCUUCGGUGGUCUGUUCAGUAGAAAGAAGAGACCACAGAGUCAUAUGUAGACUUGACAUAUGACAGCUGUCAAAUGUCAAUUUGAUAUUGGAUUUUAAGUUUCACGUACGAUUGUUUUUUUUAUUGUUUAAUGAAAUCAAAUUUGAAAUGUUCUUGUCCACUUUGUGCCUUCUUAUGUAUAGCUAGUUGUUAAUGUCUUUAAAGUAUUGUUUUUUGCAUUCCUGACGUCACAAAUUCGGGACCAAGAUAAAACAUUCCAUAGAUGCUAGAAGUGAAACUAUUUUUCGAAAUCGUGUUUAAAUAAGUUAAAAAAACGUCACUUUGUGAGAUUUAACUAAAGUUUAUUAACAUAUUUAAUCUUAAAUCACUCGUUUUUAUUAAAAAGUACACACGAUCCACCAUUUUAUCUUAAGUAGUUGAUUUUGUCGAGUUUAUCUAAGUUAUCGCAUUCCCGUAUAAUCGCGCCAUUUAAACUUUCUUUUUAUAAGAUAAUAUUGUCAUUUUUCUGUAUUUAAUGUCUACCUAUAUCACGUAAUUUUAAGCAAUGUUUAGAAGAACUUAGACGAAUGUAUUUUGUCUGGGACCAAUUCCCUUGUAAUCAACGUUAAUUUAAGUAUGAAAUAUAUAUUUUGCAUAAUA